AGAGUCAAAGGAGCACGACCACAUUUUGAUUUUCUCCAAAGUCAUCGAAAGGAACACCACCGCAGAUAGCAUAUACAUACAUAAUACUAUCUUCAAUUCAUUAUAAUAUACAUAAAUAAAAGUUCCCACACGUGCUAGCUAGCUAGCAACCUGCGAAAGGGAGGGCGACUGUGAACUCCCUGUGCCCACUGGUGUUAUAAAUAAUUGCAUGUGAAGCUCCCUCAGCUCCGCGUCUCAUCUCCUCUUCCAUACCAUUCGAUUUGCUCUGCUGCACUUUCUGUCCCCAGACUACAAUAUCACUACUCAUAUAUAGUCACCAGUCAUAAGCCUCGUUUCAUUUUCCAUCUCUCACGUUCGACCUUGUUUAUCUACGACUACUAUAUAUUUUCUUAAUUUCUACAAGUUUGUGCAGAUCGAUCUAUCGAAAACUACUACUAUAUAUAGUACUCCUAUAUGGUUGAAGAAUGAACCAUCGAUCCUUCAGUUCAGUUCCAUUCUUUUAGCUAGCUAGCUAGCCAGUUCGAUCAAACGCAUAUAAGUGUAUUGCUUGACAAAUUUCUCGGCUUCGGUAGCAAACUAGGAGCUAGCUAGGUAGGGUAGGAUAGGGUGAUGAUGACUUGUGCAGUGGGAUUCUUUGAUGACAAAAGACUUGGCAUAAACUUUGUGGCUAUGCUUUCGGCUCUUAUGUUACUACUCUUCUUUGUGGUGGAGUCCAUUCAAGACGAAGCAGUGAGUCAAGGAAACAUUAAAAAGAUAGUCUUUCCCAAGAGAAACAGCUCUGCUUUUGCACGGAAGCUGCUGCAGUCCUCUGAGGACGGUGAUGCUAAUCGAAUUGGCACGGCAUGCUCAAAGGAUGACAUUAUGAUAUUCCAGGGCUCAACGGCACCGCUUCCCAAUGGAAUUCCGUCAUACACUGUUCAAAUUAUGAACGUAUGCGCAUCGGGGUGUAGUAUCUCCAACAUUCACGUCAGUUGUGGAUGGUUUAGUUCUGUCAGGUUGAUCAAUCCCACAGUAUUCAGGCGACUCUACUAUGACGAUUGCCUUGUAAAUGAUGGGCAGCCUCUAGGCCCUGGAGAAUGCCUCUCCUUCCAAUAUUCCAACACCUUUAGCUACCCUCUCUCUGUCUUAUCUGUUGGCUGUUGCUGACUCACCCACAAUACAGCCGCCAAAUGACUACUUAGAGAGGUUCGCAUGUAAUAUAUAUAUAUAUAUAUAUA